AUGGAGGGCAGUAAACGAGUGCUCGGUUUGGUCGCGUUCUUUGCAGCCGUUGCUCAGCUCCUAGCUGCAGCACAGGGUCAGAAUGCUGCAGACGUCUGUACCGAUUCCCCGACCGGCGUCCCUGUUACCAUCACCUUUCAUGCAGAGGGACGCGCAGCCGAUGCGUCGUGGACCAUCACUUCAGCAACCUUUUCCACGCACGUUCUCCUCCAGGGAAGCAACUACACAAAUCACUCCACCACCAUCGUCGCCGCCUGCUUCCCUCCCGGCGCCUACAACCUAUGGCUGAAAGCCGCGUCCGGCAACGGUUGGGAGCCAGGCACGUUCAUCCAGCUCAGCGGGACUGGCGUGUCCGAACAGCGCCAGCUGGCGCUUCCCAGUUCGUCGAUCGGGCUGCAGUCGUUUUCCAUAAGCGGGCCGGAGGGCGUCGCGGCUUUGGUUCCUGCGCAGGCCGGACCGGCGCCGACGGUCAUUCUGGGCGAGGCGAACGGGUCGACAGUGGGGGGGGCAGCAGCGCGGAGCGCUACAAGCGUGGGCGCCAGCGCUCCCGGCACGUCUUCCAGCAGCGGGGCCAAAGUGGGCAGCAUCGUGGGUGGGGUCCUUGCAGCGGUGGUCGUUUUGGCGGUGGCUACAGCCGGCGCGGUGUUUGUUGUGCGGCGGAGGGGGCUGCACCCGAGCCUGAGCUUCCAAAAGGUUCAGCGCGACAAGAACGGCAACUUUUGCGUCAGUUGGGGCCGGUCCGUAAGUAGCCCCCAGAAAGGAAAAGAUGUCUGGCGCCGGACGAUGCACUUCGCGCUCGCGGCCGCGCGCACGCGCCACGUGACCGCCGAGGUGUUCACGUACAAGGACCUCGCGCUGGCGACCGGCAACUUCUCCAAGGCUAACAUCCUAGGAGAAGGGGGUUUUGGCAGGGUUUAUCGCGCCGCGCUCGAGGGCGGCCGCGUGGCCGCGGUCAAGCAGCUGGACCCCAAGGGGAAGCAGGGCGACAAGGAGUUCCGAGUGGAGGUGGAUUUGCUAAGCCGGCUGUACCACCCGAACUUGGUGCAACUCAUAGGCUAUUGCGCGGACAGCGACCACCGGCUGCUCGCGUAUGAGUUCAUGCCCAACGGAUCCGUCCAGGACCACUUGCACGGGCGCGGCCCGAAACCUCUGGACUGGCGCGCGCGCGUGCGCAUCGCCCUGGGGUCCGCGCGCGGCCUCCAUUACUUGCACGAGGGCACCGAGGCCCGGGUUUUCCACCGGGACUUCAAGUCGUCCAACAUCCUGCUGGACGAGAAACUGGAGGCCAAGGUCGCCGAUUUUGGGCUGGCCAAACUGGCGCCCAAUCACAACGACGACAUCAGCACGCGCGUAUUGGGUACCUUCGGAUAUGUCGCCCCCGAGUACGUGAUGACCGGGCACUUGACCGAGAAGUCGGACGUGUACAGCUACGGCGUCGUGCUCCUGGAGCUCAUCACCGGGCGGCGCCCGGUUGACAUCCGGCGACCGCCCAAAGAACAGAGCCUGGUGUCGUGGGCGGGCCCCAACCUAAGCAACAAGGACAAACUCCUCGAGAUGGCGGACCCAGCGCUCGGCGGGCGCUUUCCUAUCAAGUCGCUCUGCACGGUCGCCGCGAUCGCGGCCAUGUGUGUACAGGCGGAGGCUGACUACCGGCCGCUGAUGGGCGACAUCGUCGAGACGCUGCUGCCGCUCGCGGAGGACGACGAGGGGAUCCCCCCGCACGUGGUCAUCGACCUAACCGACUCCUCCCCUUCAAAACCCGAUUCCGGUGCGUCCUCGUCCACGUCCCAAGAAGGCCUUCUGGGUCGCACCAAAGCCUCCAGCGACAAGCCCCUGUGCCUCGUCUGCCACUCGAAGCCGCGCGCGGCGACCAGCGACCUGCCCUGCCAGCACGACGUCGCCUGCAAAGAGUGCACGCGCGAGCUAGCAGGGGGCGCGCGCGCGUGCCCCGUCUGCGACCUGAGCUCGGGGCUGGUAGUGUCGGAGUCGAGUCGGGAGCGGAGUAGGAACGAGAGUGGGGAGAUUACGGAGGAAGUUGAGAUGGCGCCGGCGGAUCAUCUGGACGUAUGA